CGCACUGACAGUUUGAGUUGCGCAGGUCUGGGCAUGGUACUUGACUUGAGGCUCACAAGUGGCUUCCACCCCUGCCUGAAGCACUCUUCCCAUCUACUGUACAUGUCUACAUGAGUGUUGUCAGAACGCAAUUACUCUCUCACGACCUCAUACAUCUAUUUAUGAAGUCACAGUCUCUCUCCAACACCUCCAACAUGGGCAGCCAAAGAAAAGACAGCUUCCUCUGGGGAAAAGCUUCCACAAUGCUUAGCUCAAUGGAGAGGCAGGAGAUAGACACCAUGCAGUUUCACAAGAGUGACCUAUUAGAUGACAUUCAGAAGCUGAGGUUGGAGAUUGACAGCGUCAUGACAGAAAUCCACAACAUUGAGGCGGACGAGGAGAACAAAAAUGUUGUGAGAAACAAGAGGUUCUUAUGUGGGAAAAAGAAAUUCAACAUGGACCAUAAAAAGGGUAUUCAGUACCUGGUUGAUAAUGACCUGUUGGAGUGGACAGCAGAGGCAGUGGCUGAGUUCCUAUACAAAGAGGAAGGACUGAACAAGACAGCCAUUGGGAACUUUUUAGGAGAGAGGGAGGAAAUGCACCUUCAAACUCUGAAAGCCUUUGUAGAACUACACGAGUUCUCCGACCUGAAUCUGGUGCAGGCACUGAGGCAGUUCCUGUGGAGUUUCCGUCUCCCUGGAGAAGCCCAGAAGAUUGAUAGGAUGAUGGAGGCAUUCGCUACACGCUACUGUGACUGUAAUGCAGGGGUCUUCCAGUCAACAGACACCUGCUACAUCCUGUCCUUUGCCGUCAUCAUGCUGAACACCAGUCUCCAUAACCCCAACGUGAAGGACAAGCCCACUCUGGAGCGCUUCUUCAGUAUGAACAGAGGCAUCAACAAUGGGGGUGACCUGCCCAACGACCUGCUCAUGAAACUCUAUGAGAGCAUUCGGAACGAGCCGUUCAAAAUUCCAGAGGAUGAUGGGAACGACCUCACACACACCUUCUUCAACCCGGACAGAGAGGGUUGGCUGCUCAAAAUGGGAGGAAGGGUGAAAACAUGGAAGAGGCGGUGGUUUAUUUUGACAGACAGCUGUCUGUACUACUUUGAGUAUACCACAGAUAAAGACCCCAUAGGGAUCAUUCCCCUUGAGAACCUCUGUGUAAGAGAGAUAGAAGACUCUACCAAACAGUACUGUCUAGAGAUCUACAACCCCAGGGGGCAGAAGAUCAAGGCGUGCAAGACAGAGAACGGAGGCAGGGUGGUGGAGGGGAAACACCAGUCCUACAGGAUGAGUGCAGCCACAGCAGAUGAGAGAGAUGACUGGAUAGGCUCCAUCAGAGCAAGUAUCACCAAGGAUCCCUUCUAUGACCUGGUGUCAUUGCGCAAGAGGAAAGUCAUCUACAACAACAAUGCUUCACAGGACUGAGACAUCAGAUAUGAUAUAAAGCAUCAUGGGAAUUGAGCCCGUUAAUGAUCUGUGGAGGUCCCUCUCCAUAGCAGAAAUGCUUGGAAAUGAUAGACUGGUUCAAGUACAUAGACAUGGCGCUUAACGUUACAGUGCUUUACAGUACAGCAUUAGUGCAAUACUGUAACUCAGAAUGAAAAAAUAUCAUUGUGACCUGUGCGUGGUUUAAAGCUGUCAAACCAGAAACUCCCCAUACCUCAUACUGUAGGUCUAAUUUUAUGGUUGAAGUUAGAGUCACUCAGUCUGUUCAAUUACUAAUACAAAGUGAUUUCUGUCAAUAUUUCUUAGAAAUAAGAAUUCAAAAGUAUGUGGGAGAGAGUUGCAAACGAAAAUAAGUGUGUAGCACUGUAAGAAUAAUGCAUCAUUCUAUAAGGACAGAUUUGAACAUGUAAUGUAUAACGCAAAGUUACUAAAAUGUAGUUGUAUAUAGUUCUAGUUGAUUCUGUACCAUAAGCAUCGAACAAAGGAACUAUCAGGUAAGCAUUACGGAAAUGCUCCACCUUUUCACCUUGCACCAGGCUAAGCGAUUUCAGUUCCUAGUAAGCCUCUGUACUACGAGCCUUUUCCUCUCCUAAGCCUAUAUAGAAUUGCUGAUACGUGGACACAAAACUUCAACACAGAUUCAGUGUUGCGAAGUUCUUCCAUUGUCUUAGAGGCAUUGUAUAAAUAUUUUUUUAAAUAUGUAUGGAUUUAUUUUUCAACUCCUAACAUACGUAUUUUGUAAAUACUGUAUUAUAAUAGAAAGUUAUUUUGCACAUUGCCUUUAAAGUACAGACAGUGAUAAUACACACGUGCAUGCCUUAAUACAUGCCUUAACAAUGUUGAAUUGUCACGCCCUGACCUUAGUUAUCUUUGACCUUAGUUAUCUGACCUUAGUUAUCUUUUCUUUAUUAUUUUGGUUAGGUCAGGUUGUGACGAGGGUGGUACGUGUGUUUUUCUUGUCUAGGGUUUUUGUACAUCUAUUGGGUUUUGGUUUGUCUAGGGAAAUGUAGGUCUAUGGUGGACUGAAUUGGUUCCCAAUCAGAGGCAGCUGUUUAUUGUUGUCUCUGAUUGGGGAUCCUAUUUUGGUUGCCAUUUUCCAUUUUGGUUUUGUGGGUUAUUGUCUGUGUAGUUGCAUGUCAGCAUUCGUGUGUAUAGCUUCACGUUAUGACGAAAUUGACAUGAAUAAAUAAUGCAUGCAUAUUUUAUUAUAAAUAUGUGUGUACUUUCACAACAGA